AUGGAAGAAUUAUUAAACGAAACAAUUUCCGAAGAUGAUUUAAAGAAAUUCGAACGAAUUUAUAGUGAACAAUUGAAAACAAAGGAUGAAUCAGUUUCACCAAAAGCACAGUUUGAAUAUGCUUGGUGUCUUAUUCGAAGCAAAUAUCCAGCUGACAUUAAGAAGGGAAUUAUUUUAUUAGAAGAAUUAUGUAGCACAAAUAUUGAAGGAAGAAGAGAUUAUAUUUAUUAUUUGGCCAUUGGACAUACUCGAAUGAAAGAAUAUACCAAAGCAUUAGAAUAUUGUAGAGUAUUUUUGGAAAUAGAACCCUUUAAUUCUCAAGUCCAAGAUUUAGAGAAAAUCAUUAAAAAGAAAAUGAAUAAAGAAGGCACAAUUGGAAUGGCAAUUACAGUGGCUGGUGCACUUAUCGUCGGUGGCAUUGUUACUUUAGGUGUGGCUUUAUCUAAAAGUAAAAAUUAA